AUGACAGUAACGUACUCGCGCAGGGUUGCUGAUGCAGGUCUGGGGACCUUCUUUCACCUGCUCCUGCGAUGGAAGGGCAGCAUCUAUAAACUGCUCUACAGAGAGCUCAUCAUCUUUACUGUUCUCUACUACUUCUUCAGUAUUGUUUAUAGGUUUGUGUUAAAUGAUGACCAGAAGAGGCUGUUUGAGAAGUUCUCAAUAUACUGCGACCGCUAUGCAGAGCUCAUCCCUGUGUCGUUUGUGCUGGGUUUCUACGUCACCUUGGUCGUGUCACGUUGGUGGGGCCAGUUUGAGAACGUCCCCUGGCCGGACCGCUUGGCAGCAUUAGUUGGUGGUCAUGUUCGCGGAGAUGACGAGGCCACCAGGCUGACCCGACGAACUCUGAUGCGAUACGCCAACCUGUCUGGUGUGCUUAUUUACCGCUCUGUCAGCACAGCCGUCUACAAGAGGUUUCCCACCAUGGAGCAUGUGGUGCAGGCAGGUUUGAUGACGUCAGAGGAACUGAAGCACCUGGAGGACUUGCGCUCGCCUCACAACAAGUUCUGGGUUCCCUGCAUGUGGUUCGUCAGCCUGGCUCUGAGGGCUCGGACCGAGGGUCGCAUCAACAACGAUGUUGCACUCACAGCCAUUCUCACUGUGGCGACAGUGGCGGUCUACAGCUUCUUCCUGGCUUGUCUGAUUGGCCGUCAGUUCUUGGAUCCAGCUCAGGGUUACUCCGGACACGAUCUGGACUUCUACCUGCCUGUUUUCACCCUCCUGCAGUUUUUCUUCUAUGUUGGUUGGCUGAAGGUGGCUGAGCAACUCAUAAACCCUUUUGGUGAAGAUGAUGAUGACUUCGAAACUAACUGGCUCGUUGAUCGCAAUUUACAGGUGUCCUUGUUGUCUGUGGAUGAGAUGUACGACAGCCUGCCGCUGGUGGAGAGGGACAUUUACUGGAAUGAGUCUGAACCUCAGCCUCCCUACACUGCUGCCAGUGCUGAACACCGCAAACCCUCCUUCAUGGGCUCAGCCCUGGAUAUCAGUGUUACUAAGGAGGAGAUGGAGUUUCAGUCAAAUCUGGAGCAAAUCAAAGAAAACGAGGAAGCCAACUACUCCACCCCACUGCUCGGAGGGCUGGGUCGUCUCCUCGGUGUCCAGUCCCCUAACUUUCCUCGCUCCACCCGGGUCUCUCUGCUGCGCCGCCGGCCGGGAGCUCCAGUAAGCCGCUUUCCUCUUUAUCUGCACCCAGAGGCGCCAUCGACUCCGAGUCAAGGCCGCCAUCCUUCGAACCACGAGCGAGAUCCAGACUACGCCUUCUCCACCAUGCCCUUGUAUGAGAGGCCGGGUUUCUAUAGCUGCCCACAAACACCCAUCCAUUGCGUGCCCCCUACGGUGCACCGCCCUCGACCUGCCCGGCGAACUCAGAACGAGUGGGACCGCAGCUGCAGCUCCCUCGCUCAUCCAUUGGUGGGCUCGCAGCUGCUGUCUCCCGACACCCCCAACCACGUCCCACCACCGCCGUCCUCUGCGUUUCCCUGGCUGAGUGGGGAUGGCGAGGUGCCGAGUGCCCAUACCUUCUCUUUUCCUGACCCUCCACCUCAACUCUGCCCGAUAUCUAAACUCAGACCUGGACACGGCCUGCUAUCUCGCCGGCCUCCACCUCCCCGCCUUACUCUGGACACCCUCCACUCAACUGACUGCCAGCCCGGACCCCAAAGUGCUCAGACUGCAGGAAGCGGGGGAGAAAGGGUGUUCUCGUUCACUCCUCCCUCUCGCACAGCUGCAGCAAAUCCCAGUAAUCCCACCAGCAGCUCCAGCAGCAUUAACGCAACAAGCACCAACAGCGCUGGCCCGACAGGAAGUCUCUGCAAUGGUACAAGUCACACUAAUUUUAGCAACCAUGGAAACUUCAGCACCAACAUGAGGGCCAGCAACGGGGGCACCAAUGGCGGGCUGAGCAACAACAUGAACGCAGUUUCCACUUCAGCAUCAUCGCAGCAGGAAAUCAAUCAGCAACACUCGCCCAAUGAUUCUGGAAUCUCAUUGGCUGAAGGGGACCUGCUGGGCGUUUUGGUGGACAGUGGCGUGAACAAGGCAGCGGGAGCGAGGGAAGAUUGA